AUGACUCCCAUUUCUCUUCUGUUGAUCGCCCUCUCCCCAUUUCUUGUGCUGGCAGCGCCCACUAUAAGAAGUCCUCGAAAGCUCCCCGAUGGCAUGCCAAACCCUAGUCCCGAGCAGCUCUGUGACAUCCAGCGCAGAGCACAUGGAACUCUGCCGGGCUUGCCUCUCCCAGAAACCAUCAGCGAAGCAGGGAUCACCAAUCUCCAGCUGAUUGCAUUCAACGAACUCUUCGAGGUCGCCUUUUUCUACGACCUGCUUUCCAACGUCACGGACAGGGUCGAGGGCUAUACAUUUCCAACCCCCGAAGAUCGACACACUUCGACGUGCCCCCCAUCCAGCCCUGCGAGUACACCUUCCCCGUCACCACCUUUGAUGCUGCCCAUUGAGCUCGCUGCUACCUUUACCGACCUCGUCAUAGGCACGCUAGAAGACGUGACGCAGCGAUUCGCAGAAGGAGGCGACACCGGUCUUACUCGCGUGAUUGCCGCCACCAUCGGGAACGAAGGGGAACAAGAGGGCUGGUUUCGCGUGCUCCAGCGGAAGAUCCCAAGUGAAGUGCCGACGCUCACGACGAGUGAUGUGAACUUUGCGUUCUCUGCUGCCAAUGCCUUUGUCGUCAAGGGGACCUGUCCGAAUCUGGACGAGAUCAACCUGAAGAUUUUCCCAGAAUUGGAAGUUCUGGCGCCUCCAGGCCCAAAGUCGCAGAUCAUCAAGGUUACUUGGGCGCUAUAUGACAUUGAACAGUCUGCCGCGUUUCGGCCGGCGGAUCUUUGGCUCACCUAUAUCAACCAGUUGAAUCCUCCCAUCACGGAGAGGCUGGAUGUUAUCAGUUUCGACGGACGGACUGUCGUUGGACAGGCGUAUUUCCCGUAUGACGAGCAUCUGAUGAAUGGACUGACCAUUGCGGUGGUGACGAUGAGUCCUGGACCUUUUGCUAAUGUUACUGGAGUGGCCGGACAGACACAUGCUGGACCUGGAUUGAUUAUUGUUAAUUGA